AGUGUAACUAAACAUGGCGGCGGAACAGAAUGUUCCACAACUUGGCGGAUAUGAUUACGAAUUUACAGGCAGAGUUCCGCAUGACUAUGAAUGUCUUGUGUGUCACUUACCGAUGAAGGAUCCAGUACAGAUCGUACAAUGUGGGCACAAGCUUUGUAACAUUUGUAAAGAAUCGCUUUUUCGGUAAUGGCUGAACAAUGUUAUUACUGUGGCACAAAGAAUGCUAAUUAAGCGGUAACUUUGGCUAAAGAUUUGACCGAAGUUUGAUCGACAGAAUAAUAAGUUGAUACGCUUAUUAGUUGGCAAAUAAUUAUGACCUAAGUUUGUGCUCUAACGGAGAUGUCCAUGUAAUUUAAGUGAGAAGACGCAAUUUUUAACUUUAAAUUUAUUGGGUUCAACGUUUUUAGUAAGGCUUUCUUCUAGCGCACAUUCAUCACAAUUCAGCCUAUACUACCGUUCAUCAUAGGAAUCACCUAGUUUUGAUACUGUUAUUUCUUUAGUUGAAUCUUUUCAUGGUUUCCUCUGCGUUUUUUUUCGUCAGACUUCCUUCGCCAUUUUGUCCGGCAGACAGGCAGCCAUUGUCACGCGAGCAGGUUAGUCAGCUGACAUGGUUUCUACUUGAAAGGGGGUUUUGGAUUGUUUUGGUUUGUUUUGCUCAAUGAAAAUUGCUCAAUUUCUACCUUUCUACUUCUACCUCUUGAAAAGACCUUGAAAUUUAGGACUUCCUGCCUGAUAUAAUUAAAUGAUUUUGCUGAGGAAUAUUUGUUUACCACCUAAAAAUAGCCUGCGAAAAUGUCGGUUUUUAAAACGCGUUACGAAGCACAGUUUGGAGCUUUGCUUCAAUUUCAUGUACCAGGCCAGCGAUGUGGGAUUGUCCGCCUUGCGGUUUUGUUCAAAGGGUCAACGUGGCCAAUUAUGUGUAAACUUGUAGAAUUGUGUUGAAUUUCCCUUCGUUUACUGUUUGAUGGAGAGAUGAGCGAAUUUGAAUUCAUUCGCAAGUUGUUUAGCGAUGGAAACCUGCGUGAAAGAACUUGCCUUGCAGGUGACAAAUAUAAGGGUCUUUGUUGAGUUUAUAACAAAAUGGUCGACAUAGAACGCAUGUUAUAAAGUGAUUUAAAGUCUUUCAUGAAAGGUGAAGAGCAUGGAAGGAACCUCUGGUUGUAUAGAAGCAUAUAGCAAUGAAUUUUUCGAUCCUUCGUUUUUACGGGCAAAUGACAAUGUUAGCGACAACCUGUCUGCUAAAAUUCUGGAGUAAUCGCCAAAGCAGAAAAAAAUAUUGACUCCUAGCAUUAAUUCCUAUGCUUAGAGAAAGGCAACGAAAGGAAAGCCAUUAGAGGAUUUAAAAGCUUGCUGAAAUACGUUGCUGUGAUUUUUAUGAGCUAUAUAUGUUCAGGCAGGCUUUGUAUACUUAAUUUACUUACACAAUGCUUAUAUUUUUGAGUUAAUUUUUUUAAUUAAAAAAAAAAACAUCUAUGUUACCGCACGGAGAGUGGUAUGUUACUCCCACCAAUCAGAUCGGCGCAGUAGGGUAUGUAUCUCGCACUAAUCAGAGCGUCGUUUUUUUUCUUUGGUUUGAGAGGUGUUUAAAUUUCAGCGAAGUAAUGGGGGAUUCGGAGAGAGCGAUUCGUAAAAUGGAAUCAUCUUUUAGAAUGAGAAAUGUUGGUUUUUCUGUGUUUUUAACGUGUAUUUUACCGCGUUUUACGAGUAAUGCGAUACUACUGGACAGAUGAAAGAUAUCAGAUUACCUAUAGUAACCGUGUCAAUCGUGUUGUGAAAAUAGUGGAUAGUUGUUCGAAAGAAAAUGGAGUUCUGUGCACUGUAGCACGAUCAUGGUUAUUGCUCCUUCAGGACGAGAGUGAGUGGAAAAAUUUUGAAUCAAAUUUUGAUUGAAGUGUUGAUGAAUUGCACCAAACAUUUUUUAUUUGAAUUUGAUUGCGUAACGCUCGUUAAGUUGUAACAUGACAUGUUAUCACAAACCAGACGAAAAAAAUCUUUAGUCUACAUUUUGUACCUAGUCUACAUUUUGUAUCCGGUCUGCAGUCUGCAUUCAGCAUUUUGUACUAUCCGUGGCACCAAUACAGUUUAUUUUUGGUUACAAUUAUUCGCACAACACACAAUCCACUACAAAAUCCCUAUUUGUGAGUUAAUUCGACGUUUUCGUUCUUUUCCGCGUUAAUACUCUUCUUUCCUUUUGUAAGAAUGUAGAUGUCAUUUAUAAUGUUUCAAGUAAUCCACCCACCCCCCAAAAAUAACUCUUGCGUGCAUAGCAUGCCUAUGUUUUUUGAAUGAAGUAAUGUUUCAAGCAUUUCUCUUUGCGGCAGAUAUUUCCUGAUACCGCCUGUCGUCGCAAAAUCCUAGAUCUGACGGUGAAAUGUUUUCACUCUGGAUGUCUAUGGACAGGAGAGUUACGUGAAGUUGAGGUAAAACGCGAAUGGCAAACUGAACACUUUUGAACUGUGUUCCAUUAUUCUUAAUUACGUUAUUAGACAAUCUGAUUAUUUCCAUUCUUGCUAACUCUUUUCCCCCCAAACGAUUGACUCGGUGAAACAAAAUCGGAGGCAAUCAAACUGAUAUGUUGGAUGGCCGAGUCACCAUUUCAUGUGUUGUAUGUAUUGUAUUAACAUUGUAAUGUCUUUCGCUAAAAAUCUCUCCUAUUAGAGACCGCUGAUAGAUCUUAGUUUUGAAAAUAGAAAGGGGAGCUCGCUGACUAUUUUAAUUCCUAGGCAACCUGUGUUUGUUAUACAAGCUUUUCAUGGCCCCCUUUCGUGUAGUGAACCCAAGAAAAAAAGUUACCGUUCCGAGUAUUCAAAUUGCCUCAAUAAUUUGUUCAUCUAGAAACCUCAUCAGUUACUUGCUUUUUUCACUUUUCUACCCAUUUCAUGACUUUGACUUGUAUACUAUUAAUAUAUGAGUUCCAACAACCUGCAGGAACAUCAAUCAAACUGCCUGUUAAAAGUGGUACAGUGUCCAAACUCAAGAUGUACAGAGAAAGUCACUAGGCAGGACAUGGGGAACCACAUGGCAUCUGAAUGUUCUUGGAGGAUAAUAUAUUGUGGAUAUUGUCAAAAAUUAAUUGUCUUUAAUCAACAAAAGGUAUGCAGAUAUCAUGCAUCAUUUGAAUGAAAGGGAAGUUUACUCCAUGGGUUGGCUAUUUUUUUCUGUCCUUGAAAAAUUCUCUCGAAAUUAUUUCCAUGACUUCUUAUAAAUUUCACCGUUUCUUUGUACCUGUACUGAGUGAUUAGCUUACACAGUAAAAUAUGCAGUAGUGUUCUAAAGACAUUUUUUAUUAUUUUCAGUGUUAGAAAUGUACGGUGGCCCAAAAGGCUCAAACACGAACUAAAAAGAAAACGCAACUACCAAAAAUAAAACUCAACUAAUAAGAAGAAAAUACAACCAGCAAAGGUGAAACGCAACGAAAAACAAAAAAAAGCCAAGUAAAAGUAGAAACCGCAAAUAAUAUUAAGAGAAACAUGCAGACGCUGGGUUCUAGUUAGUAAUAGUCUGAGGUGAUGGGGGCUUGGCAAGAAUGGAUUCACAUUUUGAGAUGAAGUUUACAUUAUUACCAACUGCCUUUUCUCCGCACUCGCUACAGACAUGGCGGGUAGUCGGAGAGACCGAACGAUUGGAAUACUAGAUCCCAGCCCCUGCAUGUUUCUCCUAUUAUUUGCGUUUUUUUAUUUGCGCCUUCUCUUUUAGUUGCAUUUUCUUUUUUGUUUGUGUUUGAGCCUUCUGGGCAAUCGUGGAAAUGUAAGGGUACAUUCAAACAUUUUAUCUGGUGUUUUACAGAAACAUUUCGAUAUCUGCCAAAAGUUCCCUGUUCAUUGUACCAACAAGUGUGGCUUAGAAGAGAUUCCACGAGGAAAGGUCUGUUUUAACAGAAACCACUCAUCAAGUUUUGGAAAAGGACACUUUCAUUUACUUGACACAAACGUUUACUAGGAUUUUGCACAAUCGUCAAGUAAUUUUUGAGAGACACGUCAUCUCUUACGUAACUCAGCAACUUGAACAGAGUCAUAGUAAGCGACAAGUGGCUUUGACAAUAAGCUUCAUAUGGCAUAGAGAAUCUGCUUGAAAAACGGUUAGAUAUUCUUUUGCUAAAAUAGACGUUGGGUCUGUGUUAAUGCGAGAUUAAAAGGAGGCCGGCUGGUUAUCUUUGGCAUUACAUAGGAACACCGUAAUCAGUCUCUUAUUUAUGCCUUUGUUUAUAGCUGGAAUUUCAUAUUGGCGAGGAUUGUCCUGCAACUGAGGUUUAUUGCGAAUUCAAGAAAUUGGGAUGCGACGUUAAGGUAUAGGCUUUCUUAAAACAAUUACGUUAAUAUAGAGACCCUUACGACACUUGGCACAGGUGAUUUGGCUGUUUAAAGUUUCGUUGCUUAUCAUAAAAUGUGUCGCCUUUCACGGAAUUUAUUAGGUAGUUAGAGGAAAACUUUUAAGGUGGAGAAAAUUCACCUAAACUUUCGCUUUGUUAUGAAGGUAAGAAAAAUUAUGAUGCAGGCACAGCUUUUGAACGGAACUGUAUGGCCAAUUUGAUUGGUUUUCACUAGAGAUUUGGGAAGGCAAUUGAAUAGCUAGUCAGACGAAUAACUAGAAAUGCAGGGAUCAGUUGUGCAAUUGAUAUUAUGCCAGCUCUCCGUAAAGUUCUGAGUUUAAUACGAGUUGUUACAACUGUUGUCCUUAAUGCCGCAUUUCUUCUCAUUCACACAGUUCCCAAGAUCAAACACCAAAGCUCAUUUGGAGACACACAUUGAACAACACUUGAACUUGGCCCUUCGCAGCCUUGAGACCACUCAGCGUCAGGUUAAGGAUCAGUCACAGCAGAUUGAACAACUGAUGGCCAAAGAUAAAGAUUUGUCACAGCAGAUUGAACGACUGACUGCUCAGGUCAAAGUUCAAGAUCAACAUAUUAAGCUCCUGAAUAGUCCUCCAUUUGUGUGGAAAAUUUCAAAUUUCCAGGCUGCUUAUGAGAAAGCAUUGAGUGGAAAGGAAAACAUUUUAACAAGUACAUUUUAUCUUUCUUCAAACGGGUACAGACUGAGAAUCCAAAUUUUCUCUAAUGCCUAUAGGAUGAGGUGGUUCCCAGACGAUUUUUUGUCUAGUACAACAUACUUUUCUUUCUAUAUUUGUGUUAUUCCAGGAGAAUUUGAUCCGCUAUUAUCCUGGCCAUUCAAGGAAAAGUUGCGAGUGACGUUGAUCAAUCAAAACCCGUGCGAGGAUAAGGAGAAAGAUAUAUGGCGCGUAACUGACUUUGGAAGAGUAGAUUUGCCCAUAAUGAGGCCUCUUACUGAAGAUAACCAAAGUUGCCAUGGCGUGCUUGGCCCCAUUCGUGCCGACACGUUACAAUCUGCAUCUUUCACACUGAACGAUACAAUUUUCAUAAUGGUGAAAAAAGAGUAAUAUCAUGUACUGGAACUGACUAAUCAAACUCUUAGGGUUUUAUUUUGGCGAUUCCCUUGUAAAGCAUUACCCAUCCUCACUGAAGAUAUAGUUGCCACUCAUUAGUUGUGCUCAAAUUAUCAAAACAGCAGAUUUUACCUUAACUAGAGCUGACCGGCAAGGUAAAUCGUUAUUUCCUCUUUUCCGAGCUCGUUCACUUCCCUUUAUGAGUUAUUUAAAAUGAUGAUAAUUAUUAAAUAUACUACGUCGUCCAAAGCUGUGUUUCUCACACCAAUCGGAUUUAGUGGAGUAUGUUGCACGCCCUUAUCUGAUUACACAGAAUGCAUUCCUUGCAGUAAUGAGUUUUGCUAGAGUAUGCUGUUCGCACCAAUCAGAUUGUGUCAGGUAUGAUGCUUGCACUUGGCAGAUUUGCUAAGGUAUGUUACUGGCACCAAACAGAUUGCGCCGGGUAUGUUACUCACACCAAUGAGAUUGUGCUGGGUAUGUUGCGUGAACCAAAGAGAUUGCCCCG